CUCGCCGCGGCUCUCGGGCUGCGAGACCCGCUCCCCGCGGCAGCGCAGCGCAGCGCAGCGCAACGCAGGGGCCGGGCAGGCUCGCCGUCGCCGCUCGCCGCGCCGAUGUCCUCCGCUCCCGUGCGGUCCCCCACGCUGCGGCCCCACAGGAUGAAGAAGGACGAGUCGUUCUUGGGCAAGCUCGGCGGGACGCUGGCGAGGAAGAAGAAAGCCAAGGAGGUGAGUGACUUGCAAGAAGAGGGUAAAAAUGCUAUCAAUGCACCAAUGAACCCAAGCACCGUGGACAUUCAUCCAGAAGAUACACUACUAGAGGAGAAUGAGGAACGCACCAUGAUUGAUCCUAACUCAAAAGAAGACCCCAAGUUCAAAGAACUGAUCAAGGUUCUAAUUGAUUGGAUAAAUGAUGUGCUGGUGGAGGAGAGGAUCAUUGUCAAACAACUUGAAGAAGACCUUUAUGAUGGACAGGUGCUGCAGAAGCUGCUGGAAAAAUUAGCUGACCGUAAACUGAAUGUGGCAGAAGUGACGCAGUCUGAAAUUGGUCAGAAACAAAAGCUGCAGACGGUGCUGGAAGCUGUCCAUGACUUGCUGCGGCCCCAUGGCUGGACAAUCAAGUGGAACGUUGACUCAAUCCAUGGCAAGAAUCUGAUUUCCAUUCUUCAUCUUCUGGUAGCUUUGGCAAUGCAUUUUCGGGCUCCUAUUCGACUGCCUGAACAUGUGUCUGUACAAGUGGUAGUUGUGCGGAAACGUGAAGGUCUUCUUCAGACCACUCAUGUUACGGAGGAGCUCACAACUACGACAGAGAUGAUGAUGGGAAGAUUUGAACGCGAUGCCUUUGACACACUCUUUGAUCAUGCACCGGAUAAACUCAGCGUAGUCAAGAAGUCUCUGAUCACCUUUGUGAAUAAACACUUGAACAAACUGAAUUUGGAAGUAACUGAGUUAGAAACACAGUUUGCAGAUGGCGUUUACUUGGUAUUGUUGAUGGGUCUUCUUGAAGACUAUUUCGUUCCACUUCACAACUUCUACUUAACGCCUGAAAGUUUUGAUCAGAAGGUCCAUAACGUUUCCUUUGCUUUUGAGCUGAUGCAAGAUGGAGGACUCAAGAAACCAAAAGCUCGCCCUGAAGAUGUUGUCAACUUGGAUCUGAAGUCUACCCUCAGGGUUCUGUACAACCUCUUCACAAAAUAUAAGAACAUUGAGUGACCCUGGAAGCUGCUGAGGUGUUCAUCCUUCCAACCUCCUUAGGAAAAAAACCCACAAUAAAAACACCUUCAGCACACUCCUUUUGUGCCUUACUAUGCUAUACCUCAUGCAUUCUUUCUGCACUUGAUGUGGUCUCUUCUUUAGCUCCUUGUAUGACAAUCCCACUAAAAAUAAUGCAUGUGUAUUCUCUAGGUCACUUGAAAAAGUGUUGGUAUUUCACACUUCUGUCAGAAAACAUUGUUGGGUCUAUUGUAUGUUAUGGUCAACAAAUGUUCUCCUUGUGAUAAAGGAAAUAUGCCACUAACUACUUUAAUAAGCAGGGAAACCAUGAGACCUUCCUCAUGGCUGAAGACCCUUUGAUGCUAAUAUUAGACUUCUUUUGCAAACUUCUUGGUUGCUACUGGCAUUGGAUGGUUUUCCAGAUGCAAGUGUUAGGAAUAGAAAAUCAAUGCUGGAAUUUAUUUAGAAGCUGAGCCUUUUCUGUUAAAUAGGAGUUUUGUAUGUUCUGCCUAGGGUGGGGGGUGGAGGGGAUUACAGGCUUUGUCUGAAUCUGCCUGGUGAAAGCCUUGAAGCUUUCUUCGGUUUUUGUGUUAACCUCAUACUACUCAGUGUUAUUGCCGUUCAGUGUUUACACAGAAUAAGUCUUGCAAUGGUGUCUACUUUUAUUUCAGUUGCAGUCAGUAUUUUGAGUGUGCAGCUUGAAUCAGGCCAGUCAGGAGCUAGUCAAAUGUGCAUAUGUUGGAUUAAUGCAUUUCCUCUCCAAUCAUUUCUGAAAUGUACAUGAGGACUAAUGACAGUUAUCGACAACUUGACAGUUUAAAGGUUGACUCUUCAUUUCAUGUAGCUAAAUUAAAGGGUCAGAUUCCUGCUGAAGUUAUUGGCAGCUGUACAAUACUGGGGCUCUGGCAUUUAUAAACAGUUUUAUGUAUCUUCUUUCCUGAAGAGUACAAUUGAAUUCUUGGUAUAAAUAAGAGCUUGCCUUUACUUCUGGAUUGCACUGGAUUAUGUCAGACGUAGUGUAUGUGCAUAGUGCAAGCCAAUGGUUAGUAUUCAGAUUUGAAGCUCUUUAGUGAUGUUCAGUUAUGCUUUAAAUUAAUUUCAUCCAGUUGCUUUGUGUCAUCCCAAGAGAUACUCUGCUAGGCUCUGGCCUAGUCCUGUAGUCUUUUAAGCUGUUACAGAUUUUAGUGGGGAUCUGUUUUUUUAAAAAAAGAAUUACUAGUUUAUCCUGGAGACUCUAGUUACCUCAUAGCACCUAAUGGAUUUCAUCUGUAAAGCUGUUCCUGGCUUUUGAUGUCUUAGUUAUAGUAGUGUGUACAGAGAGACAGUGCUGGAAUAUGAGUAGUCUGAGUAAAUUUUUGAGAAAAGUUGUUUGGAGGAAAUGGGAUUGUAAUUUCCAGAAUAAAUUAUUUGUGAAAUAUGCAUGUACUACAGUUUCUUUCUUUGGAAUGCAUAGGAGAGGGAUUUGACCACAGAACUGUUGCUUUUAUGUAUCACGUCAGGGACUUCUUUUUAUGGACAGCUAUGAUUUUUUUGUGAAAUAUAAGGCAGAGUACCCCAAGAGGAAGCAGAUACAAUUGCUUCAAUAGAAGGAGGCUUCUAUUUUUCCCUAAGAAUAGACUUUUUACACCAAGCUUUAUUUACCCUUCUGAGUUCAAAGGGAAACAUGCUAUCUGAAUUGUUGUAUAAUGGAGAUUUUUUCCUUUCUUCCUUCAGCCUUUUUUAAUCUCAGAAAUGUGGGGAAAAAUGGGCUUCUGCCGCUUUGUUUUGGGGUUCUAAGUUCUAGUAUUGACUUAUUUGUGUUACUUGUGCUCUCCCUGCUCGUUCCCCUUCCUCAGCCCCCAAAAGGUGGAAGAAGGUUUCCCUUUUCUUCCAUGAUAAAUUCGGGUCACAUCUACUGUAGAAAGUUCUGUGGGGAGGCAGUGCUUGUGUAUGCUUUAGGAAAGAACUGAUCUCAGUGUUUAUACAGUGCACAGUACAGUAGGACUUGAAUUUCAGAUGGGGCCAUUAGACUCUACCAUAGUGCCAUCAGUUAUUAUAGAGGAGACUUGCAGAGGUACUGUGGGCAAUGGUCAGCUGGAACUUUCAGAUCUCCUGAAAGUUAAUGAAGUUGGUCCAAAUCUCUCGUGCUGUGAAGUAAGGGUAUCAUGGUACUCAAAGCUGGAAGAUGAUUGACUGAAAAGUCUCUCAAACUUUGUUUAAUUCAGUAUGUUACUGGGAGACAAGAGAUCUGUUAAGGAACUGUCAUUCCACCCACCUCCUUUCAGUUAAGGUAGAAGUGCCAAGGCUGUGCAUAUUCUCUGAGGUGUUAGGAAAGUCCUCCAGAGAAUCUAGUUUUGAAAUUCCUGGCAAUACUAAUACCAAAAGCAAAAAUAAAAUAACAAGUGGAGAGAAGAGCAGUUUUGGGUUGAGGGAGUUGAUUAUUUCUGAGAAAGGAAUUUGUAAUUGGUAUCUGCAUUGCAUGUGAGCAGGUAUGAACAUGUUGCCAAGUUUUAAAAUGGUUUGCUAUUUUGUUCAAUUAGGAUUUUCUGGUCCUUUUCUUGAAACCAAAAUCCCUUCUCUACAACCUGAGACAUAGGUUCCUUUUAGUAUUCCUUACAUUAAUAUCCCAUCAAGUGAUGUUGCAGACUUGAUGUCCUGGACAGAUUGGAGGCAAGUGUCAUAUCCUGUGGGUUUUAUUAUAUUUUAAAAUCUGCUGGUAAAUGUUGCACAGGGAAAAAAUGCUCCUUUUCAUUCUUGAAUUCUUUCAUUCUAUGCUCCUUGCUGUCUAGCCAGGUAACUCUUCUUGCAGACACUGUCCUUAUUGUUGACUAGAUUUGGAGAGGAAAUGCAAACUAGUUUACAGAAAGAUUAACGCAAACAAAACCUUCUCUAAAUACCUGUUUUUUUUUCAUACCUCUCUGUUAUAUAGGCAUGACACUUAUCUCUUUUUCUCUUAAAAAGAUAAGUCAAUGUUAAAAAUGUUAUUCACGAACUUUUUGUGUAACUGGAGUUUUAGACAUGUUCCCUUGGGGACCAGUGGGGUAGAUUUGCAUCCUACUGAGUUCAUCUGGAAUAUUGAAUGCUCUGCAGCGUUAUAGCUCCCACAUUUUUAAGUACUUAAGGAAAGGUCUGUCUUUUUCAGCCUAUGCAGCUUGUCUUCUAGAUGCAUCUGCUAGAUAUACUCAGUUCCAGUAAGCUAUAUUAUCACAGAAGAAGCCCAGAUACUCCCAGCUGCAUCCUGCUUCUCAAGAUGGAAAAACAACAAAAACAAGAUUUUUUUUCCCCUCUUAAUCAAUGUAAAACCUUGCAGGGCUUUCUACCCCUCUCCCCCAAAACCCAGUGCUUUCAGUAUUAAUGUAUUUUUAAAAACCUUUUCUACUGUUUUUAACAGUGUUUACUCUGGAUUUCUAGCUACUAAAAAUGGCUUGCAGAUAAAAUUCGGAACUUGUCAUAUGCUGAACAUAUCCAGCUGUGUGACAAGGGUUGUGUACUGUAAGCAAGUUACAAUGCAAUGCUAUGUUUGCUAAAAAUGACAGCAGGAGUGUUGUAGAAAAUCAGUGCAUGGUUUGUGACAACUGUAAUAUUUAUUCAAAUAAAUAAAUGAUAAUCA